AAAUAGGUACUACUGAAAAAAUAAAAAAUACAUCACACAAACACACUAAUACACAAUUACAAAAUUAUAGUUCAACCAAAAAAGGGUGUUCGUUCUUAAGACACAACAACAAUAUAACAACAAUAAUAACAAAACCUAACAGCCAACAACAACCAUCUUUUUAUUAUUAACUGACAUCGUCUCUUCCACAAUCUCUUUUCUAUUACCACUCACUCAUCGUAGUAAAGUGAAUGAGAAAUGUAUGAAUAAGAAGAAAAUUUAACAAUUUUUAUUGAAUUUUAAACUCUAUUUUCGCACAAAAACAGAGUUAUUUUUAAAGUCCAUAAAUCAUUCCUAAAAUGAUUAUUCGAAGGCAACUAUAUGCCAAUAAUAAAUUGAAAAAGGUUCACGAUUCUGGUAUGGAAUUCAAACCAGUUUAUAAGAAAUUAAUGCAACCUGGUUCCACAUCGGCUAGCACCCCCAUUGUGCGAGAUGUUGAAGACCUUCUCAGACCAAUUCAGCUACCAAAACACCAUAGUGAUCAUGAUGAAAUGCUACAGAGUCAGGCGUCAAAGGAACGCACAGAACGAAAUCUCUGGCGUAACGAUGAGGUUAUGGAAAUGUUGUAUACGAUGCAACAGGUGAAAGCUCUGGAAAAACUAAAUGACAAAACGGUGAAAAGUGAAAAUGUCUUUAAAGAUGUUGAGGUGAUAAUGCACAGAAACGGUUUUGUUAAAAAGUCCCAUGUCCAGAUAUGGACAAAGUGGAAAUUUUUAAAAAGUACUUACAUGACUUCGAGACGUAAUAGGGUAAUACCUCGAAUGGUACCUCCACAAAUUUAUGAUACAAUACAUAAAAUGAUAACCGGUCUAAAUCAAACCAUGAAUGAUUCCUGCAGUUCGGUGGAUGGCGAUGCUUCGAGUGUCAGUGGUAUGGUUAUAAGUGGCGUAGAAGGCGGUGUUUCAGACGUUGGCGUAACAAAUGAAGACGAUGAUGAUAGCUUUGGCAUGGCACAUCCUAUAUUUGGCUUUCGUUUAGGCAUGGUUAAGUCAGAACCAGAAGAUACAGGUUAUGAAGCUGUUGAAACCAAUGGUUCUAAUGCCUCCGACAAAGAUCCUUUGGAAGAAGAAUUAUCAUCCUCCAAGUCCAAUCAACAGGUUAAAGAAGAGGACAACACUUCUGAACCCAAAACCAGCAAAGAAUCAGAACCGGUAGCAAGGCUUUUAGAAGUACCACAUCGUGGUAGAGGAAGACCGCCUAAAAAUCCACCCACAGCUACAUCAACGCCCGUUAGUACACCCUCACCUGCAACAAAACCAGCACAAAUGCCACCAUUGAGAGUAGCACCUUUCGCUAAAGCUAUUCAUUCGGCAAAUGCUAUCGCACCCAACAGACCGCCACCGCCACUAACAAUGCCGCCAACGCCGCGCAUUCGUGUAACAAAUUUGUCAAAUUUAAAAAAUGGAGAUCCCGUCAAAUUUGCCCAACCCAAACUAAUACCCAAACCUACACACCAAGAACAAUCAGCAGCAAUGCAACCUGUUCGUUUGGCCAAAGAGACGUCAACACGAUCAUCGUCAACUCCUUCGCCCAGUUAUCCUAAAAUGAAACAAAUACCAAUGCGUAAGACUCCUUAUUCCUUAAGACCUGACAGGGCUAUACCCGAUUUAGAAGCAUCAUUAUCCCCGCCUCCGCCUCCCAUAGAGAAACCAUCUAACAAAAGGUUGGAAGAAUUGCCCACCACCAAGCACGUGAUAAUGCAGAAUAGCUCCAAUAACUUGCAAAAUAAUGCCUAUCGAAAAAGACGUAUCGAUUGGCCAGAUCCAGUACCCGGUAAACAAGCUAAAUUUAGCAAUAGCAUGAACGAAGAGAGGAAUACCCCAAUAACGAAUAAUGCAGGCGAUGACCAAAAUUAUGGCAAAGUAUUGCAAAAUGUUAUAAUCGAUUUGAGUUCUUCGCUGCGUAAAAUGCAAACCGAAAUGAUGCGUGAUUUCUUUAAUAAACAAAAUGAAUUACUUGAAAGGGAGCACAGAUUCCAAAUGCAACAGGAUCACAUGAUAAUGAAAGCAUUCCAAGAGCAAACUCAAGAAAUAAUGCAUUCCGUUAAACAGCUGGUGGGCUCUAUAAAAACCAACAAAAAUGAGCUACAACAUGAACGAAAAGAAAAUAAAAAAGAGGCUAAAAAAUCAAAUGGAAAAACUCAAAUGCAACAGAAGCAUGUCCAAGAACUGGAAGAGGAAAUAGAUGAAGAUCAUAUACAAGCUCAUGAUAUUGACGAAAACGAAAUAGAUGAUGAAGAACAUGAUCAAGAACACGUAGCCGAUCAUGAAAUGGAACAAGAUGCAGAAGAUGUUUAUACAGAUGGUGAGGAACAACAAGAUCAAAUCGAAGAUCAAGGGGAAAAUGAUCAGGAAGAAAACGAUAUUAAUUCUGGUGAAGAACAGGAAGAUGAUGAAGAUAACGAACAACAGCAUGAAGAAGAAGAACAAUCUCAAUCGGCAGAUGAGCAGCAAGAAAAUGGUCUGACGGCUGAGGAACAAGAUAAUAGCAAUGAUUCAGUUGAUGAACAGAAUCCUUUACGUACGGUAUCCAGUGAAAUUAAUGAAGAUUAAUUCAUUACAAAAAUUAUUAUCUUCUUUAAACUUUUAUUAAACAUUCCAAAACUUAAUCACCAUGUUAACAUUCCUAAACAAUUACAAAACUUAUAAAGUUUUUUAUAUAUAUAUAGCUUAAAAGACGGUGAAACUUUUAUAUUAUAACUUUUAUUUAGUUUUCAUCUAAUUUAAUAUGUUAAUUUUCUAGUAACUUAUUUAGUUAGUUAGUUUAAAUAAUUUUAAGUAACUCGUAGAACUAUACAUACAUACAUACAUAUAUAUUUUUUAAACUGAAUUCUUUAAUUUCGUAAAACUGUUCAUAAUUCAUAAGUUUACAGUUAAGAUAUGUACGUAUAAAAUAAAUACCUACAAUUGUAUAUUGAA